UUUUUUAAGAUACUGAAUUCGUCAGAUAUGAUACUCAGGAGAAGUCUCUUCUUGUUGCUGUUGUCAUUUAAUUACCUUCAAGCUUUAACUGAAGAUGGCGAGCAGGAGGAUGAGACAUCAUUCGACUUGUUUGAAAUCAGCGACAUCACACGCAGGACACUGGGGGCCAAACAGUUCAGGGGCCAGAACUUAGAUGCCCCUGCCUACCGCUUCAUCCGCUUCGACCACCUGCCCCCAGUUAGCCCACCCAUACUGAAGCAAAUGCUGCAUCAGAUCCAAAACAAUGAGGGCUUUGUGUUUGUGGCCAGCAUACGCCAGGACCGUUCCUCACGAGGCACCCUGAUUGGUUUGGAGGGUCCCGAUGGCCGGCGCCAGUUUGAGAUCGUGUCCAACGGACGCGCCAACACUCUGGACCUGGUCUACUGGGCAGACGGCUCGCAGAACGUGGUUUCAUUCGAGGACGUGGACCUGUCCGACUCGCAGUGGAAGAACAUCACCCUUCACGUUCAUGGGGAGAACGCCAACCUGUUUGUCGGCUGCAGCCUCAUAGACAGCUUCAUCCUGGAUGAGCCAUUUUACGAGCACCUGAAGGCCGAGGGGAGCCGCAUGUAUGUGGCAAAGGGAUCCAUUCGAGAGAACCACUUUAGGGGCCUUCUCCAGAGUGUGCGCUUCAUCUUUGACACCUCAAUAGAAGACAUCCUGCUGAGUAGAGACUGUGAGAUUACCAAGCAAGAUGAUGCCAAUAUUGUGAGUGAGAGCGGGGAAAUUGUGGACGUGAGUCCUUCCAUCACUACAAACGUUAUAGGUCAGAAGACGGAUGAUGUGGGCGCAGAAAUGUGUGAACGCUCCUGUGAGGAGCUCAGCAUCAUGUUCCAGGAGCUCAAAGGCCUGCGCAUUGUCGUCAGCAACCUUAUUGACGGAUUGCAAAAAGUGACAGAAGAAAACUCAGUGAUGAAAGAGGCCCUUGGGAGGAUGAAGAACUCCUCAGAGAAAAACAUGUGCUGGCAGGAUGGCCGCCUGUUUGAGGAUAAGGAAGACUGGGUUGUAGACAGCUGCACCAAAUGCACCUGUCAGGAAUCCAAGAUCGUGUGCCACCAAAUCACCUGUCCUCCGGUGGCCUGUGCCAGCCCGUCCUUUAUCGAUGGCGAGUGUUGCCCCGCCUGUUUGCCUAUGGACAGUGACGAUGGAUGGUCCCCGUGGUCAGAGUGGACAGAGUGCACAGUGACCUGUGGGAUAGGAACUCAACAGAGGGGCCGUUCUUGCGACGCAACCAGCAAUCCUUGCACGGGACCUUCUAUCCAGACCCGCAAGUGCAGUCUGGGCAAAUGCGACAGCCGUGUUCGCCAGGACGGAGGGUGGAGUUUGUGGUCCCCGUGGUCGUCGUGCUCGGUGACCUGUGGCGAGGGACAGAUCACGAGAAUACGACACUGCAAUGCUCCUGUGCCACAGCUGGGAGGCAGAGAAUGUGAGGGCAGUGGAAGAGAGACCCAGGGCUGCACUGCCAAGCCAUGUCCCAUUGAUGGUGGCUGGGGACCGUGGUCUCCAUGGGCAACCUGUUCAGCGACCUGCGGAGGGGGGCACAAAAGUCGUUCCCGUGAGUGCAACAGCCCUGAACCUCAAUACGGCGGCAAGAAAUGUUUUGGAGAAGCGGUCGACAGAGACAGCUGUAACAAGAAUGACUGCCCUAUUGAUGGCUGUCUGUCCAACCCAUGUUUUGCGGGAGUGGACUGCAGCAGCUCUGCCGAUGGCUCGUGGGAGUGUGGCCCGUGCCCUGCUGGAUUUCGUGGAAAUGGUACCCACUGUGAAGACAUUAAUGAGUGUGACAUGGUGUCUGAUGUUUGCUACAAAGUGAAUGGAAUGCAGCGUUGUGUCAACACUGAUCCAGGUUUCCAUUGCUUGCCCUGUCCAAAGCGCUACAAGGGCACCCAGCCUUUUGGUAUGGGUGUGGAGGCUGCCAAGAAGAACAAACAAGUAUGUGAGCCUGAGAACCCAUGUAAGGACAGGACGCACAACUGUCACAAAUAUGCCGAAUGCAUCUACAUCAGCCACUUCAGUGAUCCAAUGUACAAGUGUGAGUGUAGGACGGGUUACGCUGGAGAUGGCUUCAUUUGUGGUGAAGACUCUGAUUUGGAUGGCUGGCCCAAUCAGAACCUUGUGUGUGGUGCUAAUGCCACUUACCAUUGCAAGAAGGAUAACUGCCCUAGCCUCCCCAACUCUGGACAAGAAGACUUUGACAGAGACGGUCAAGGAGAUGCUUGUGACAAGGAUGAUGAUAAUGAUGGAAUUCUGGAUGAAAGGGACAACUGUCCCCUGCUUUACAAUCCUCGCCAGUUUGACUUUGACAAGGACGAAGUUGGUGACCGCUGUGACAACUGCCCCUAUGAACACAACCCUGCUCAAAUUGACACCGACCACAAUGGAGAAGGGGAUGCCUGUGCAGUGGACAUCGAUGGAGAUGGAAUUCUUAAUGAGAAUGAUAACUGCCCCUAUGUGUACAACACUGACCAGAAGGACACUGAUAUGGAUGGUGUCGGCGACCAGUGUGACAAUUGCCCUUUGCUACACAAUCCUGACCAGACAGACCUAGACAAUGACCUGGUUGGAGAUCAGUGCGACAACAGCCAGGACAUUGACGAAGACGGGCAUCAGAACAAUCUAGACAACUGUCCUUAUGUGGCCAACUCAAACCAGGCUGACCACGAUAAGGACGGCAAAGGAGACGCAUGCGACUACGAUGACGAUAACGACGGUAUACCUGACGACAGAGACAACUGCAGGCUAACACCCAACGAAGACCAGGAGGACUCUGAUGGUGAUGGAAGAGGGGAUGCAUGCAAAGAUGACUUUGACAACGACAGUAUCCCAGAUAUCCUCGAUGUGUGUCCUGAGAACAAUGCCAUCAGUGUGACAGACUUCAGGAAAUUCCAGAUGGUGCAUCUGGAUCCUAAAGGAACCACACAAAUUGAUCCCAACUGGGUGGUCAGACAUCAGGGCAAGGAGUUAGUUCAGACUGCUAACUCUGACCCAGGCAUUGCAGUAGGUUUUGAUGAGUUCAGCGCUGUGGAUUUCAGUGGAACGAUGUACGUGAACACCGACAGAGAUGACGACUAUGCAGGCUUUGUUUUUGGUUACCAGUCGAGUGGGCGCUUUUACGUUGUGAUGUGGAAGCAGAUCACACAGACCUAUUGGGAGGACAAACCAUCCAAGGCGUUUGGCAUCUCUGGGGUUUCACUCAAAGUUGUGAACUCGACCACUGGCACUGGAGAAUACCUCAGGAAUGCUUUGUGGCACACGGGCAACACUCCAGGACAGGUGCGGACCCUGUGGCAUGACCCCAAAAACAUUGGUUGGAAGGAUUACACAGCUUACAGGUGGCAUCUCAUCCACAGACCAAAGACCGGGUUUAUAAGGGUAGUGGUCUAUGAAGGCAAACAGAUUAUGGCUGACUCGGGACCGAUUUAUGAUAAGACCUUUGCCGGAGGAAGAUUAGGCUUGUUUGUCUUCUCACAAGAGCUGGUGUUCUUCUCUGACCUCAAGUAUGAGUGCAGAGAUAAGCCGGAGUUGCCAACCGUGCUCACAAGAUAACUGAAUCAAGUAGAAACAGAAAAAAAGAAAACAUCUGAUGGCAAAAGACAAGAAUCUCUCCGAGUAAACAUCACGUCAUCGCUGAAUCCAUGUCAAUGUAAAUCAGACUUCGCAUACUUCCAUGUUUUCGCCUUGAUUCAUCCACUGGAGGAGAAACAGUGGCACAUUUCAGUUUUGCCGAAGCUGAGAAAGGAAAAAAAACUGAUCAACAUGUGUUUUUUUUGUUUAUUUGUUUUUUAAAAAGCCUCUACCGAAUAUCUAAUUAAAACUAUUGUACCUAUUCUACAUCUUUAAAUUCAUUGUACAACCUCUUAGAUGCUGUUUGUGAUUUCCUACAGCUUGAUGUGAGUGACUCGGCUGUUCUCUGCCUUUAUUCUUCUUUUUUUUUUGCUGAACUGAUCAUACAGUGUUUGACAAACAUAAACUGUAAUCAAAUCAUAAUCAUUUACCCGCCUUAACUCCAUUAUAGCUUCUCCUUAUUCUUUUCAUCCUAAAUGUGCUUUUCAUGUACAACUUCAGUGAACGACGAGUAAGUGCCAAAGAUGUUUAUACUAAGUCUGUACUAUAAUUCCUUUUGUAAAUUAUUUAUGCUCUG